AAAAUUUUUUUAAUGGUUGUGCCAGUAAACAUUGGUUUAUUAAUAAUUCGAGGAAAUACAGACAAUGUUAAACGCAAAUUACAACGUUUAUUGGAAUUAGCAGCCUCAAAAGUUGCCCAAAAACUUUAUGUUCAUUUGGAAGAAUCUGAAUCAUUUGAAGAAUUAUUGCCUGCAAUUUACUUGAGUGCUGCUUGUAUUAAAUCUGAAGUUGAUUUUCGUGUUUUAAUGGAUAGAAAAACGGUGCAAGUUGACAAGGUUUUUUAUGAUAAGAUUAAAGAUCCAGACCAGCCACCAUUUCCAAUUUUCAACGAAGUUAAAUUAAACUGUUCAACCAAGUUUAAUUUAAUCAAAGCUCCAUUUGAUUUUAUAGAAAAGCCUUUUAGACAUGUAGUUUUGGGUGGUGCUUUUGAUAAAUUACAUAAUGGUCAUAAACUAUUACUUUCCGAGGCUGUUUAUCGUUCAAGAAAGAUUACUUGUGGAGUUACUGAUGGAGAUAUGAUUAAAAAAAAAGUUUUGUACGAAUUAAUGGAACCAAUUCAGACUCGUUGUGCCAAUGUAGAGAAUUUUGUAAAGGACAUAUCAGAAAAUGUAAAUUGCAUUACUGUUCCAAUUUAUGAUGCUUUUGGACCGUCGAUUGAAGAUAAUGGGUAUGAUGCUAUUGUUGUUAGUGAUGAAACUAUAAAAGGGGGAGAAGCUGUUAAUGAUAAAAGAAAGGAGAAAGGUUUGCGUCCAUUAAAAAUUCACCCAAUUAAAUUGCUCGGAAAUGAACAAUUAAAUGACAAAAUUUUACAUGAAAUUAAAUUAAGUUCAAGCGCAAAAAGAAGAGAAAUGUUGGGAAGUAUUUUGAGGGAACCUAAAAAUUCUCCUGACGAAAUCAUUUCAAAUAAACACUAUUUAAUUGGAUUGACUGGAGGUAUAGCUUCGGGAAAAACACACAUUGCUAAAUAUUUGGCUUCUCAAGGAUGCGAGGUAAUUGAAUGUGACCAAUUAGUUCAUAAAAUAUAUUCUGAAAGCGAGGAAUUACGAAACAAACUUGCAGAAGAAUUUGGACUUGAUAUUUUGGUUAAUGGAAAUAUUGACAGAAAAAAGCUUGGAGAAUUGGUUUUUGAAGAUAAGCAAAAAUUACAACGUUUAAACAACAUUGUUUGGCCAAUAACUUUUGAACGUGUAAAAGAAAUUAUAAAAAAAUCUGAGAGAGAAAUUGUUGUAAUUGAUGCAGCUUUGCUUUUGGAGGCUGGAUGGGGGAAAUAUUUAAAUCAAGUUUGGUGUACUUUUGUGCCUAAGAAUGAAGCUAUUGAACGAAUUGUGGCGAGGGAUAAUGUUACGAAGGAAAAUGUAAAAAAUUUUUUUAGGAAUAGUGUGGAAUCUCUCUAUAGCGACGCUUCCGAAAAAUUUUUAUUUGUCCGCAAAAAAUUUGCGGACAAUCCGCAAAAAAUUUGCGGACAAUCCGCAAAAUUCAGCUUUGAAUGGGGAAACCUCUACAUAACGACGAUUUAUCUGUUAUACAUUGGUUACUUUCUAAAGUCAACAAACGGCCUGAGUGAGAGAUGUCAGUAUAGAGAGCUUCCAUUAAGGUUCUUAACCAACAUGAAUACAUAGUGGAACUCCCCAUAAUGACGCCCCCUUCUAAUUUAAAACGUCCAACAACCAAGAUGC